AAGGGCGAGAAGAAGAAAGCACAAGACGGAAGAGUCACAAGUCUUUCCUAAAAUGGCGACGACCAUAGAGAGUGGCAAUGCCGGAGCGGCAAAUAAGAAAAAACAUCUUGGAAUUCCAGAGGCGAUAUUUGUGGAGGAUGUUGAGUCCUUCAUGAAGCAGCCUGGCAAUGACACAGCAGAUGCUGUUUUAAGGAAGCUGGAUGAACAAUAUCAGAAAUACAAGUACAUGGAACUCAACCUGGCCCAGAAGAAGCAGAGGUUGAAAAGUCAGAUUCCGCAAAUCAGGCAGACAUUAGAUAUCUUAAAACACAUGCAGAAGAAGAAGGAAACGACAGAGCCAAUGGAUACACACUUCCUGUUGGCAGACAAUGUAUACUGCAAGGCCUCCGUCUCGCCCACAGACAAAGUUUGCUUGUGGCUUGGGGCAAAUGUCAUGCUGGAAUACGACAUUGACGAGGCAGAGUCCCUGUUGGAAAAGAAUCUUGCCACAGCCUCCAAAAACCUGGACUCCCUGGAGGAUGACCUGGACUUCCUCCGAGACCAGUUCACGACUACAGAAGUCAACAUGGCGCGAGUUUACAACUGGGAUGUUAAGAGAAGAAGCCAAGACAACAUUCUCAAGUCAUCGUCUUAAAAAUCAGCAGUGUCCUCAUCACUCCCCCCCCCACCCCCCUCCCCAACAUCCAAACCAUCCGACCCUGUAGUGCCCCACCCCCACAUAUGUUCUCACAGCACCCAGCGUAAUCUAUUGAUUUUUGUUACUUUUUAAAAGUAUUUUUUCAAGUAAAGGAAAAAAAAAGAAAGGUAACACAGGCAGUUUUUUUGUAUUCUUUUUAUUAUCGAUUAUUAGUCCGUCUUCAGAUGACCUCAGCCUCCAACCUCAUACUCUCACAAUGUCCCCCUCUCUGUACCCCUCCAACCCCCUGUUCCACGCGUUGAACUUCCUUCUCCUCUUCUGUUAAUUUCAAAGCUGCCGUCUUUGAGGAUGCACUAUGACAUUGGCUUCCUGUUAGCCAUAAUCAGUUAGCCAAACGGCAUGAUGGGAAUUGUUGUUUUGGAAUCUGGUCAGUAGGCUACGCUCAACCAGAUUCUAAACUACAGUAACUGACACACGGUUGAGCAAUCCCUUCCUCUUUUUUCCCCCACUUGUUCCUGUUUGUCAGCAACCUCUUUUUGUUUUUUUUGACAUCCCCUGUAUCUUUUUCCUCUUCUCUCUUGUCUUUCAUAUUUGUAUUUAUUUGUUCCAUUGUAUUCAUUAAAUACCGAAUGAGAACUAAUGAGAAAAAACAAGGCAAGCCAUUAUAGAAGUGUGAAACUGGUGUGUCAGCUUCUUUGCUUAUUUUUAUCCAGGUGGUUAUUCCAAAUGCAAUGUUUAGAGAAGAAACUAAUGUCAAGUUAACAGUAAAUGGUAAACCUCCUAAUAGAGUCCUACGGUCCUAGGUCUACAAAAGGUAUAAUUUUCAAAUUGUUUGUCAUACAAUAUCAAAAACAAUCCCACUCCAUAUUACAUUGUUCCGGAAGAGUCUAAUGGUAGGAGGCAGAGCUUGACCAAUCAAGCAAUAGGUGGACUCGACUUGAUGUAGCCGCCUUAAGACGUCUGCAGACGUGAUUAUUUCUGCGAUUUCUGAUGAUUUUCGACCAUGACGUAUGCACAAUUCCGGUUUGAAAACGUAUCAGAAUCUCAGAAAUAACCACCUCUGCAGUCGUUUUAAGACGGCUACAUCAAGUCGAAUCCACCUAUUGACAGCUGUGACGGGUAUAAUGAAAGUGGGAGUCUACGUGAUUGCUUCGAAAAGGUCCAAUCUGAAUGCCCACAUUCACUGACUCUCAGGCUUUGAAGCAGGUUCCCGCUCAGUUGCGAGUGCUGAUGGCUGUCCCACAGUAUAAUUGUAAAGUGUGUGUGAGCGCUGAUUUGCAGAUUUUUUUUUGAGUCCUUUCCAUGAGUCUGUUUCUGCCGAGUUUCCCUUAGGGAAUCAGUUACAGUUCAUAGUGAGAUGGCAUUCAUAGCGUAGUUGUGAUGUGAAACACAAGUUUGCCAUUAGGGGAAGCCUGGAAGCUUCCAAAUGACUGGCAUAAAAGUAAAUGGUGUGCAACGUGGUUUUGGUGGCAUCAAGUUAGUAUGAUAUGCCACAGGGGUGGUAUUCCCAUUCCUGUUAAUAGCAUUUUGAACCCUUAAGGACUGUUGAACUCCCAUCACUUAUCAGCUGAUGUUUUUGAAGCCUUCGAGGGUUCAGGGCUUAGACCUCAGGUGGGAUAUCGAAAUCCAGCUGCAAGUCUCAAAUUUCUGUCCAUCCACUCUGAAAAUAUGACCAUGUAGUUUGUGCCUGGAAUCUUUUUUUAAUUAUUAUUUUCAUAAAUAGCCUAUGCAUUUUCAGACUGACUGAUUUUUUAUUGUUGUUGCUUUUAACGCUUGGCGGUACAAACGGCCUAAAAGUUCACCGGAAACAUCACCCUCCCAUCCAGUUUUCUGAGAUUGGAACAAAAACUACAGCUGCAGGUGAGAUGGGUCUGCACAGCCUUGCAUUAUUUUGAGGUUAGGUUGACUUUAGGCUACUGUAUAUCAGCAGCAUAUAAUGGUUUAGAAGGACCCUCAUUCAUCACAAUAUUUUCUGGGACGGUGUAUCGUAAAAAAAAAUAUAUAUUUUUAACGGCCUAUCCUUUAGGAGGUUUAGCAUUUGCUUAGGUUUCGUCGCAGAACCACAAAAAUAUGACCCAGAUGCACCGACAAAGCUGUUACACAAGGAUGCUCAACAUCAAAUACUGAAGUUUACUGAGCCAGUGUCUUACCAGAAUUCUGCUUUAAAAUGCCACAGUGACCAAGCAUUCAACAGAUGAAUAAAACGAUACACUCAAAAUAGA